AUGGCACUGGCGGGUGGUGAGCAUCACGGCGGAGUUGAUGGGGCUGUCCUGGUGCAGUAUGGUGGAAAAGCAGGAGGCACGAGUGAUAAAGUGAGCAAAAAGCGAGGGAGGCAGAGUAUUGCAGAGACUGGCACGGAAAGUGUGACGGGACAGGAGCAGCCGAAAAAAAAAGCACACAGGCGCCGGCGAAUGAACAGAAAGAAGGUUUCCAGGGCGUGCAACCACUGCCAGAAGGCACAUGUGACGUGUAAUGAGUCGCGGCCCUGCAAGAGGUGUGUAGCCCGGAAUCUGGCCGACACCUGUCGGGACGCGCCCCGUAAGGCCAAGAAAUACCUUCUGGAGGAUCUGCAGGAAGCCCCCGGUGUGCCGCGGCGGGCCUCCUUCCCGGUGGGUGCCCCGUCCCGGCCACUUUUACCGCCGGGUGGAAAUUUCGACACCCCGGACCAAUACCGGGACCCCCGCACGAUGGACACGGGAAACGGCAUCACCACCAGCCGCAGCCAGUCGGGAAACUUCCUCUCGUCCGCGGCAGAUCUGGAAUACUCCGUUUUAGGCAGCAUUGUGAGCCGUGAUGGCAGAAGAGACAGCGAUAGCUCGCACAGCCACAGCGGCACCGCCACACCCACCCAACGGUUUUCCAGCCCGGAUGACUUUGGCUAUCUCAACUACCAGCCGCUCAUGCAGCUGGGUGAGAAUUUGAGUCAGAAUGAAGGACAAAAUCAAAAUGAGGGACAAAAUCAAAAUCAAAACCAAAACCAAGGUCAAGGACAAAUUCAAAAUCAAGGCCAAUCAUUCCAACAACUGCAUCCUCAUCUCCAAUCAUCCUUCAGCCGGCAGUACGGAGAGCUACUUCACACAGAUGAGCCCAAGUGUGAUCCUUCCACAAACCAGUACUUCAUAGGCACGAUCUCUACGAUGGAUGGUGUACGGACGUACUCCUUUCCGGAUGUAGUCAAGGGCAUCGCGAGGUUCAAGUCACGCAGUCCGGCCGAGUUCCGCCGCAGGAAUCGCCGUUCGGCCAUAUCUUUCGCGGUUAGCGUGCUGGAGCAGCUGCCUGGUGAUGCUUUUGGAAGUACCGGGUCGCAGGGGAACUCGUACCGGGCUCUGGCCGAUUUCCGAUACUCUGACAGGCUUUCUGGCCGGGGGAGGCCCGGUGAACGCGUGGGGGAGGAUAAAGCAAAUAGUAUUAACACUUCUGCAAAUGGGAUUAAUACUUCUACAAAUAUCACUAACCCUUCUGCAAAUAGCCCAUCUCCAAAUAGCACUAAAAAUGUCUCUACCACAAUCUCCUCCUUGCACCCCCGACAGGUCUCAUCUCCCUCAUCGGGAAACUGCGGCUUGCUCUUCAAAGAGCCCUCCGAAAUCUACUCACACAUCAAAACUCCGUUCCCGUACGUCAGACCAUACCAUGACUUGAACUUGUAUCUCCGGCGGCGUUUCGACAGGCAGCAUCUCAUGUCUAUGUCGAUGUCGAUUGCCGAAUACAGGCCCUCGUUCAUCGCCGGUAUGAUCCACCUCAAGGAGGACGACUUGAUCUUUGCCGAGCAGUGCUUCCAAAGAACUUUGCUCGAGUACGAUAACUACGUCUCCAUCUCCGGCACGCCGACCUUGGUCUGGCGCCGGACUUCACAGAUUGCCUAUGUUGGUGAUGAGUUCUGCAUUCUCACUGGCUGGACCAAGCAAGAGCUACUGGGAAAAUCGACUUUUGCGGUCGAAAUUAUGGACGAUAAGUCCUGUGUGGAGUAUUUCCGGCUGUUUUCCAAGAUCUCCUUCGGCGAUUUCCGCGGGGCAACCAUGACUGAGUGCACUUUGCUGACCCCAAAGCAUGAAAGUAUCCGGACCUCGUGUGUCUGGACUUUAAAACGUGAUGUCUUUGGAAUUCCUAUGAUGAUUAUCGCCAACUUUCUUCCCAUAUUGACCUGA